CCAGACUCUGAUUGAAUCGGUGCGGUUUCAAUUAGUUACAUAGAGACGGCACCGCGGAGUGGUGGACCGUAUGGUGGGGGCUGUGUCAUUUUGGUGCAAGUGCUACAGUUCUUUGCUUGAACGAGGGAGGUGAUUUGUUUGAAUGGACGCCGAACGUUAGUAUUCUUUGUGUACAUCAUCAUUUUGGAGACUCGUGUUUUUGGAUGUUCACUAAAGACGUUUAACGGUGUAGCUUUACUAUGGGGUGCCAGAGCAUAGAUGAGAAAGGACUGGUUACAAAAUGUUAUGAAAGGAGCAGACUGGCGUAAAUGUAUACUAAAAACCAGGCCGGCUUAUUAGUCGGCGUGACGCUCCCUUCUUUUUGUCGCUGCUUUCUAAGAGAAAGAGAGCCCCGUUUCAACUUGUAGCAAUGGAUGUGCAUUGUUGCCGGCCGAUGCGGAGCCUGGCGCAGUGCAGUGGCAGUUACCGAAGCCCUUUGAAAAUAGAUUAAGUUCGAUACUAAUUCGGUUUCGUUGUUUGUCGACUUUAUUUUUCGGCUGCCCUUAUCUACGAGCUCCACAUUUUGUGCGCUUGUAUUUGGGGUAGGAAGUGGGGAAUCCCGGACCGUUACGCAGCCAUUCCGUACACAUACACCGCGGGCAUCUGAAAAUGUGUAUAUAUUUUUAACCGUGCUUUUCCUUGCUGUCAAGAGAUACAAAGUAUGCACGCCUCGGCGAAGCGACUGAAGACGGCAGCAGUUGAAGCAGCGAUCGCGCAGGAAUAACAGGCACCCACCGGCUUCCGUGAUGAAAGUGUUACGCAGGAAACGGAUCGUUUUGUUCAUUGCUUACUUUUUGUUACUGAUUUUAACAAUGCUCAACCUAGCCAACUAUAAAUGGACUAAAGAGCCCCAGCAGUGCAAUCAUCAGAUGAGGAGCACCCCAUAUCAGAGCAGGUCUGAUAUCCGUUAUUUGUACAGACCAUCCUUGGCUAAGAAGAGGCAGCUCGUCUACGUGCUCACAACCUGGAGAUCAGGCUCCUCCUUUUUCGGGGAGCUGUUUAAUCAGAACCCCGAAGUCUUCUUUCUGUAUGAGCCCAUGUGGCACAUUUGGCAGAAGUUGUAUCCUGGGGAUGCUGUGUCACUGCAGGGUGCCGCAAGGGAUAUGCUGAGCUCUCUUUACCGAUGUGACCUCUCCGUUUUCCAGCUGUACAACACUCCAGGGGGUAAGAACAUCACCUCCCUGGGCCUGUUCGGGGCCACCCUAAACAAGGUGAUCUGUUCCUAUCCACUUUGUUCGGCUUAUCGGAAGGAGGUGGUGGGCAUGGUGGAUGAUAAAGUGUGUAAAAAGUGCCCCCCGCAAAAUUUGAGGUUCCUGGAGGAAGAGUGCCUGAAGUAUAACACUAUAGUAAUCAAGGGAGUGCGCAUUUUGGAUAUCAAUGUGUUGGCCCCGUUGAUGGAAGACCCCUCCUUGGAGGUGAAAGUCAUUCACCUGGUGAGGGACCCCAGGGCAGUGGCUAACUCCCGGAUUAAGUCCAGGCAUGGCUUGAUUCGAGAGAACCUACAGGUGGUAAGGAGCAGGGAUCCAAAGCUACGCAGGAUACCUUUUGUGGACCCAAAUCACAAAAUGAACAAAAAGGAUGGCUCAGAUUAUCACUCCAUUGGAGCCAUGGAGGUCAUAUGUGACAGGACCACCAGGACCUUACGAACUGCCCUGUCUCCACCACCCUGGCUUAAAGGGAAGUACAUGGUGGUGCGCUACGAAGACCUUGUGGAAGACCCAAUAAAAACUCUGAGGCAGGUGUACCGCUUUGUAAAUCUGUCUGCAAACCAUGACAUUGAAUCAUUUGCACUUAACAUGACAAGCGGGUCAAGUUCCUCCUCAAAGCCUUUUAUUGUUUCCUCUAGAAAUGCCACUCAGGCAGCCAGUGCUUGGAGGACAGUGCUAAGUUUCCAACAGAUUAAGCAGGUUGAAGAUUAUUGUUACCAUUCCAUGAACAUACUGGGGUAUGAGCGGGUAAAAUCCUCAUCAGAGGUGAAAGAUUUGAGUAAGUCACUGCUAAUACCCCCAAAACUUUGAGGUUGUCCUUUACAGACUAUCAGAGAUCUAUAUGUUUUAUUUGGGGUUUUAUUUUUUGUUCAAUUGUAAAGACAGCAAAACAAAAGUUGUACUGUAUUUACAGAAUUUUAUGUUACCACAAGUUUUACCAGUUCUCUUUAAUUUAACAAUAUUUUCCACUGGACAUUUAUGACUGCAUUGAAUGUAGUUUUGUUUUUUGUUUGGCUAAUUCUUGUACUUAAUAGCAGGAGCAGCGAUGCUCUUAAAAAAAAAAAACACACACGCACACACACACUAUGUUGCCCAGAGAGCCCACUGACAGUUUUAUAAAACAAUUUAAAGUGAAUACAGCAACUUUAUGCCUCUUUGUGUUCUGCAAAUGUAAAGCAGUUGUAAGAUUCAUAAGUACUAGAAGUAAGAUUUGUAAUUGGUGUACUUUGAUUUGGCCUCAAAUGUCAUGUGUGUUUUAAAGCUUUAAAUACAUUUGUAUUUUAUAUUUUUUUAUAAACUUAAUGUCUACAUAUCAGUUCUUUGCUGCUGUUGAAAACUCUAUGAAGCGGUUAAAAGUUUUUGUUAUACAUUUCUCUUACAUAUGGCAUUGUUUUUUCUCAUAAGACAAUCAGACAAAAGCAUUCUUCUGAAUGAUAUCAUGUGUAAAAUGUGUCCUGGGCCAUUGAUUAACUUGCCAAAUAUGCUGAUUGCCUUCAUUUAAAAGUUACAUUUGUAUCAUGAGAACCUUGAAGAUUGUAAGGGUGAGAUGAUAGCAGUAGUAAUAUUUGAUUUGCUCCUUACAUUACUUAUUUACUGGGACUUUCCAUGUUCUACAAUAAUAGGCAACAUAAAACCUUUGUAAACUAUUUUCAUUGUUUAAAUGCAUAAAAGCUUUUACUAGUUUCAUUGAAAAUAUGCAUCAGAAGGGGCACUAAAAUGUGUCCUGAAUUUCAGCAUUGUCACACUUUUUAAAGUUGUGCAUGUUUAAAUCUUUGUCUGGACUCUUCUCUGGUUGUGGCUUGGUUAUAAAGGUUUUGCUCCGUGAGAUGCUAGUGUAAAGUUUCAAGGAUUAGUUUAAAACCUUCUAUAAUAAUUUAAUGCCUGAAUUGUAAAUUUUUUAUUUAUUUAUGUUUAUGUUGAAGCAUUGGUGGCUUGUUGGUUUACAAAAUAACAUUUCUAGUAGACAGUCAGUCAAUUUUGUUAGGGGGAAGUUCUCUGACUAUUUCUGGUGUCAUUUUUUUUUUUGCAAUGUUGGGAGCAUUGCUGACAAUAUUUUCUAAGAUACGGAUACUGGAGUGGUUCAUAAUUAAACUUUCACAGACAUAGCUAUUAAGUAUUUUUUUAUGAAAUCACACAUACUGUUAAUAAGCUUUUGUUUUUAUUGAAAAUGAUGAAUAAUAAAAAUAGUUUACACGUGCCUAAUCAUUUUUAAGGGGUUAUAAAUAUGUACUGUAAAAUAAGAAGUGUUGAAUCUAACUGGUGUUCUUAUAAGAUGAAAUCAAACCCAGGGUAGUUAACCAGUAAGUCGGUCACUGAACGUAAAGCCAUAAUUUUAGCUACUCAUUAGCUUUUAAAAUGGGAAGAAAAAAAUUACCUGGGGUUAGUCUAUAAAUGUUAAUUCCGCUUACUUGCUGGAGAUGAAGUAAGGUAUUGUGAUUUGUGUGAAGCCUGCAUGGGCUGAGAAGUCAGUAGAAAUAUAUGUUGUUAAAACUUUAACAUUGGUUAAGAAAUGGUAAAAGAGUUACUUUUCAUCAAAGUUGCACAUUUUGUUUUGCUAUUAGUGUGACACUUCAGCUUUUUAAAUUGAAGAUCAAACAAUAAAAGUGAGUGCCCAACUCUG